AUGCCUGCAUACCCAGCGUCAAGUCACUCCACAAUUCAAGCUUUUAUUGAAUCUCGUAUACCAGAGAAUCACCCAAUCACCACAGCCAACGUUAAGCGCAUACUAGCUACUGUGCCGGUUAAUGAAAGGAAACUCCAGUUCGAGUUUGGCGCCUGGUUUUCAUCAAUGGUAGAGGCUUCAAUGAUAGAGCCGCCAUACGAUACAGAAUACAAACAUGACUUAGCAGUGAUGACAUGGGGAGCUCCGGAUCUAGGAAGUAUUCAAGUGAGAAGAGGGAUCGAAGAUGUGCUGUACAUUGAUACAGAGUUCCAUCGAGACAUAUCACGAUGGGAGACAGAGGCUUCUGAUUGGCAAGGUGAAUUGGAUGGUUUGUACCAGAAUUUCGGCGCAGAAGCAACCGAUGGGAUGGUCUUCGUCCAGACAUUCGCUUCCAUCACCCCCACAUCCUCUUCAUCAUCAGAUGAUCUGAUCAUCACAGACAAUCAAUGUCACCCAGAAUAUGCCUUUCGUACAAGCCUAGAGGAAAAAUACGGAGCUCCCGGUGAAAGAGCUUAUGUGGUCCCAUCAAUGAUCAUCGCUCUCAAAUCAGGUGAUGCACCCAUGGAAAAAGUGAUCUGCGAGGGGUUGUCUUACCUCAAGUAUCUUAACCAUUUCAGAUCCCUUCCUGAUAUUUUGGAUACAUACCCCGCGCCGAAUCUCGAAGGCUUCAAGGAUAUUUGGAAGUAUGUUGUUAGAGCGAUUGACCUUCUCGUCAGUUGUCCUUUGGGGAGACCUGUUUCUCCUGUCCGUCGCCCAAGUGGGCCCAUCAUCGAGUCUUUACGACAAAUGGGCUCCCGAGAUGUAGAUAUUGUUGUUAUCACAAAGCGUAUCGCUCAACUCGUUGGAUCGAAUGGCAAGUCAUCUGCAGAGGAAGUGCAAGACAACUCUGAACCUUCGGGCUCUGCCGCUCUAGGCAGUUCUUCGCCUCUUCUCAAAUCCAUGCCUGGAGACGAAGACGAUGAGGGGGUUUUACUUCCUUCCGGGUUCUUCGAGUCCGACUUCCCCUCAGAGCUAGGUGAAGAGUACCCCGAUGAUCCAGAUGACGACUCAAUCGAUGAAGAAGAACGAGAGAAGCAAGACGAGGAAGAUAUGUUGUACCUCGCGCAAAAAGCUGUAUUGAGAAAACGCAAUGUCAAGAUCGUUCCACUAUCCUCAGCAGUCUUCAAUGCCCUAAUGGAAGAAGUGAAAGCGAACCAUCAGCUACCAAGUGAGUGA